GCGGCGGCGUUAGGACUCGGGGGACACCGCCCCCCGGCCCCCGCGUCCCGCCCCCGCCCAGCCUCGCGCCUCAGUUCGCGCCGCGCCUGGGCUCGGAGCGCAGCAGCGCUGGCUCCUGCUGACAGAGCUGAGCCAGCCCGGGGAGCCCAGCGGCGCGCACUGCCUGCAGCCGCGCCGGCGAUGCGGGGCCACCCCGUGCCCGCUCGAGUCCCGGCCCCGGCGCCCGCGGGAAGGGGCUGAGCCGCUCGCCGUCCGGAUGGGGAGCCUCGGCGCGCUUGCCCUCUGCCUGCUCUGGCUCCUGCUCCUGGGGCUGCAGCGGUCGCCGCUGCCCGGCGCCCGAGCGCAGAGCGCCGCAGGAAUCAACACAAUAUUCAUGCUAACCAGUCAUCUACCGCGCCACAAGUGGUUGAUGUCUUGUCACUUUCCAUCCUCUCAGUCAUUUUCAGGUGGCUGUUCCUUUGAUGAGCACUACAGCAACUGUGGGUAUAGCGUGGCUCUCGGCACCAAUGGGUUUACCUGGGAGCAGAUUAACACAUGGGAGAAGCCAAUGCUGGACCCAACUGUGCCUACAGGCUCCUUCAUGAUGGUGAACAGCUCCGGAAGGGCUUCCGGCCAGAAAGCGCACCUUCUUCUGCCGACCCUGAAGGAGAAUGACACCCACUGCAUUGACUUCCACUACUACUUCUCCAGCCGAGAUCGCUCCAGCCCGGGAGCCUUGAAUGUCUACGUGAAGGUGAACGGUGGUCCCCAAGGGAACCCUGUCUGGAACGUGUCUGGGGUUGUCACCGAGGGCUGGGUGAAGGCAGAGCUUGCCAUCAGCACCUUCUGGCCUCAUUUCUACCAGGUGAUAUUUGAAUCCGUCUCUUUGAAGGGUCAUCCUGGUUACAUCGCUGUGGACGAGGUCCGGGUCCUUGCUCAUCCAUGCAGAAAAGCACCUCAUUUCCUGCGACUCCAGAACGUUGAGGUGAACGUUGGGCAGAACGCCACGUUUCAGUGCAUUGCUGGUGGGAAGUGGUCUCAGCACGACAAGCUUUGGCUUCAGCAAUGGAAUGGCAGAGACACGGCCCUCAUGGUCACUCGCGUGGUCAACCACAGGCGCUUCUCGGCCACAGUCAGCGUGGCAGACACCUCUCAACGCAGCGUCUCCAAGUAUCGCUGUGUAAUCCGCUCAGAUGGUGGGUCCGGUGUGUCCAACUAUGCAGAGCUGAUCGUGAAAGAGCCUCCCACGCCUAUCGCUCCCCCAGAACUGCUGGCGGUGGGGGCCACCUACCUGUGGAUUAAGCCAAAUGCCAACUCCAUUAUUGGGGACGGUCCCAUCAUUCUGAAGGAAGUGGAAUACCGCACUACCACGGGCACCUGGGCCGAGACCCACAUCGUGGAUUCUCCCAACUACAAACUCUGGCAUCUGGACCCUGAUGUGGAGUAUGAGAUCCGGGUGCUGCUCACACGGCCAGGCGAGGGAGGCACAGGACCACCAGGACCUCCUCUUACCACCAGGACCAAGUGUGCAGAUCCCGUGCACGGCCCUCAGAAUGUGGAGAUUGUGGACAUUCGGGCCAGGCAGCUGACCCUGCAGUGGGAGCCCUUUGGCUACGCAGUGACCCGCUGCCACAGCUACAACCUUACGGUGCAGUACCAGUACGUGUUCAACCAGCAGCAGUACGAGGCUGAGGAGGUGAUCCAGACCUCUUCCCACUACACCCUGCGGGGUCUGCGGCCCUUCAUGACCAUCAGACUGCGCCUACUGCUCUCCAACCCUGAGGGCCGGAUGGAGAGUGAGGAGCUGGUGGUACAGACCGAGGAGGAUGUUCCAGGAGCUGUUCCUCUUGAGUCCAUCCAGGGAGGGCCCUUUGAGGAGAAGAUCUACAUCCAGUGGAAACCUCCCAAUGAAACCAAUGGGGUCAUCACACUCUAUGAGAUUAACUACAAGGCUGUUGGCUCACUGGAUCCAAACGCCGACCUGUCCAGCCAGAGGGGAAAAGUGUUCAAACUCCGGAAUGAAACCCACCACCUCUUUGUGGGUCUGUACCCAGGAACCACAUACUCCUUCACCAUCAAGGCCAGCACAGCCAAGGGCUUUGGACCCCCUGUCACCACUCGGAUUGCCACCAAGAUCUCAGCUCCGUCGAUGCCUGAAUACGAUGCAGAUACACCACUUAAUGAAACAGAAACGACCAUCACAGUGAUGCUCAAACCUGCCCAGUCUCGGGGAGCCCCUGUCAGUGUUUACCAGCUGGUGGUCAAGGAGGAGCGACUUCAGAAAUCCCGGAGAGCAGCUGACAUAAUCGAGUGUUUCUCUGUACCCGUGAGCUACCGGAACGCCUCUAACCUCGAUUCUCUCCACUACUUUGCUGCGGAGUUGAAGCCCUCCAACUUGCCUGUCACCCAGCCAUUUACAGUAGGAGACAACAAGACGUACAAUGGCUACUGGAACCCUCCCCUCUCCCCAUUGAAGAGCUACAGCAUCUACUUCCAGGCACUCAGCAAAGCAAAUGGAGAGACAAAAAUCAACUGUGUGCGUCUGGCUACAAAAGGUGCUUCCACGCAGAAUUCUAACACUGUGGAGCCAGAGAAGCAGGUAGACAACACGGUGAAGAUGGCAGGUGUGAUCGCUGGCCUCCUCAUGUUCAUCAUCAUUCUCCUGGGUGUGAUGCUGACCAUCAAAAGGAGAAGAAAUGCUUAUUCCUACUCCUAUUACUUGUCCCAAAGGAAGCUGGCUAAGAAGCAGAAGGAGACACAGAGCGGAACCCAGAGGGAGAUGGGCCCCGUGGCCUCAGCUGACAAGCCCACCACCAAGCUCAGCACCAACCGCAAUGAUGAAGGCUUCUCCUCCAGUUCUCAGGAUGUUAAUGGAUUCACAGACGGCAGCCGUGGGGAGCUGUCCCAGCCUACCCUCACCAUUCAGACUCACCCCUACCGGACCUGCGACCCUGUGGAGAUGAGCUACCCCCGGGACCAGUUCCAGCCUGCCAUCCGAGUAGCCGACCUGCUCCAACACAUCACUCAGAUGAAGCGAGGCCAGGGCUAUGGCUUCAAGGAGGAAUACGAGGCUAGUUACAAGACUACCAGUUUUGGAAGACUGUUGGAACAAGAGUUACAGGCCUUACCAGAGGGACAGACAGCUUCGUGGGACACAGCCAAGGAAGAUGAAAACCGCAAUAAGAAUCGAUAUGGAAACAUCAUAUCCUAUGACCACUCCCGGGUGAGGCUCUUGGUGCUGGAUGGAGACCCCCACUCUGACUACAUCAAUGCCAACUACAUCGAUGGGUACCACCGUCCCCGGCACUACAUUGCAACCCAAGGUCCAAUGCAAGAGACUGUGAAGGACUUUUGGAGAAUGAUCUGGCAGGAAAACUCUGCUAGCAUCGUCAUGGUCACAAACCUCGUGGAAGUGGGCAGGCACCCAGCGGAACACACUGUGGGAAAUGCCACGCUAGGCCGUGCGUCGUCCCCCGGAAUGGUAAAGUGUGUGCGAUACUGGCCAGACGACACAGAGGUCUAUGGAGACAUUAAAGUCACCCUAAUUGAAACAGAGCCCCUGGCAGAAUAUGUCAUCCGCACCUUCACAGUCCAGAAGAAAGGCUACCACGAGAUCCGGGAGCUCCGCCUCUUCCACUUCACCAGCUGGCCUGACCAUGGUGUUCCCUGCUAUGCCACAGGCCUUCUGGGCUUCGUCCGCCAGGUCAAGUUCCUCAACCCCCCAGAAGCCGGGCCCAUAGUGGUCCACUGCAGUGCUGGAGCCGGGAGGACUGGCUGCUUCAUUGCCAUUGACACCAUGCUCGACAUGGCUGAGAAUGAAGGGGUGGUGGACAUCUUCAACUGCGUGCGUGAGCUGCGGGCACAGAGGGUCAACCUGGUGCAAACAGAGGAGCAGUACGUGUUCGUGCAUGACGCCAUCCUGGAAGCAUGCCUCUGAGGCAACACCGCCAUCCCUGUGUGUGAGUUCCGCUCUCUCUACUACAACAUCAGCAGGCUGGACCCCCAGACUAACUCCAGCCAGAUCAAAGAUGAGUUUCAGACACUCAACAUUGUGACACCCCGAGUACGGCCCGAGGACUGUAGCAUCGGACUCUUACCCCGGAACCACGAUAAGAAUCGGAACAUGGAUGUCCUGCCUCUGGACCGCUGCCUGCCCUUCCUCAUCUCAGUGGAUGGAGAGUCCAGC